GAAUAACGGUGUAGGUUUCCGCCGGAACAAUAAUCGUGUAGAACACACACAUUUGAGCACAUUUUUCUCGAUGUAGGAUUUGUUUUUUAAGAGUAAGAGAGCAUUAUUCUGAUAUUGUUUUAAACGCAAUAUCAUCCUUUUCCACGUGGGCAUAAACUACGAUCACAAGUCAUUUUCGUACACACUGAGAUUUUGCGCUGCGUGGCUUUUUUUUCAUCUGGCGCGUACCUACAUUUAAAUCGCGCUGGUUAUUUUAUGUUUUAUUAGUAGUUUGGAUAUCAAAUUCUCAAAACGACUGAACAUCACAAACAGUCGGCGGGAGAUCGGUGAAGUGCACGUUCAGUGGCAUGGCUUCAACGGUGGACUUCAGGACUCUGGUUGAUCAGUCGUGCAGAUACUCGGAUGAAUUCGUCAAUAUCUAUUAUGACUGCAUGGACAAGAGAAGAAGGAAUUUGACGAGGCUGUAUCUGGACAAAGCAACGCUUGUGUGGAAUGGAAAUGCUGUCACAGGUCAUGAUGCUCUCGGCGAGUUCUUUGAGUCUCUUCCCUCCAGUGAAUUUCAGGUGCAAUCUCUUGACUGCCAGCCUGUGCACGAACAAGCAACUCAAGGCCAAAUGACUUUGUUGGUGGUUACAGCUGGCACAGUGAAAUUUGAUGGAAACAAACAGAGAUUCUUCAACCAGAAUUUCUUAUUAACUGCCCAAGCCUCUCCUAACAGUGACCAGCCAGUAUGGAAGAUUGCAAGCGACUGCUUUCGCUUUCAAGACUGGGCAAACUGAAUUGUAGCUUUGAAUCUUUUGUAUAACUUUUUUCAUUUUUGUAAACUCACUGCAAUUUAAGUAUGUUCUGUAAAUAAAAAAUAAAACAUUGACCAUUAAACUGUUUCUAAUAUGGAAUACCACA